GUUACACGCAACUGUACUGAUGAAGGCUACUCCUAGUUUCCACUUCUCUACAGUGCUUCAUAUCCUUCAAGUUCCAAAAUGUCGGGCACCACCACGGAAGUUGUCUAUCUAAAACUAAAACCCGGUCUCGACCUCUCAGCCGGCAAGACAAAAGAAGACUGGGAAGCCCUUCUAAGCACUAUCAAAAAGCAACCCGGUGCAAAGAAGCUGGUCUGGGGCCGACAAAUCGAACAUCCAGAUAUCGUUCAAAUAGUUGAGGACUGGGACUCGCUCGAAUCGCACGUAGCAUUCAUGGAAAGCCCCGCAUACCAACCCUUUUUAAAAGAAGUGGAGAAAUUCAUAGCGGCUACUCCUAAACUCUUCCACAUCAGAUUGCCUCCGUCACAGGUCUCACCGGAAAACAAUCCUUUCGCAGCCCCCAUCACAGAGUGCAAGGUCAUUUUCUUCGACCCAGGGUACCCUGAGCAGGGAUACGCUGAUCGCUUCUCAGCUUUCCGCGACAAGACGGUGCAGACUCCCGAUGUAGCUGUCAUGGGCAUGGCUGGGGCGUGGAGUAUAGAAGAGCAGGAGGAGGAGAUGCUGAACGGUGUUUUCGACAAGGGAAAGCCGUUUGUUGUGUUUGUUGGGUGGCCGAACGUGGAGGCGAGUUCCGGGUUCAAAGAUGUAGAUGGGUUCAGAGAUGUGAUGGGGUAUCCCGGGGAGGAGUGGGUGGGAACCAAGUUUUGGCAUGUGGCGUUCAAGGAGCACAGGUGAGGUUAUGUGAAUGUAGCAGUCUCAGGGGUUAUGAGGACAUUAGAUUUGUAUCGGAAGGUAGUGAAUGUUUU